GAUUACCCUAUCAGGUGCAAACCGCUGACAUGUUUCCACCCACCAACAACAAAAAAGCCUCUCUGUGCCCAAAUCUCAAGUCACAGACGCACAAACACCACUGACAGGCACUGCUGCGCCAUCACCAGCAGCACCCCCUCAAAAAGCCUCUCCAGGGAUCCGCUGCUGCUGCUGAGAUUUCCGCACAGAAACACCACUUUUUCUUUAAAAUGCUUGGAUACGUCUGUUUGUCCACUUUUUAGCGACUUGUUUCUGGUGGAAGGGCGUUUCUUUUUUUUUUAUUUAUCCACACCGCAUUUACUUCUUUUUUUUUGUAUUUACCCUCCCGUAGCACUUGGCGUAGAAUAAAAAUGACCCGUGCAAGGUGUGUGCGUCCCCCGCAGGUACGGACGGAGCCGAGGGGCUUGUGAUCUCCGGAGCUGCGGGUUUGGAGGAUUGCGGCACAGCUCGAUAGGUGCGCGCAAAACCCGGAGGAUAUUUCUUUGGACGCAGGGUUUCUUUUUUUUUUGUUUUUCUUUUGGAGAGGUCGAACUCUGAAUCCUCUGCGCGCUUGGCACCGACACACGGACACGGAUUCCGAGGAGCGGAGGAGAACACAAAAAAAAUAAUCUUCUGGAUAAUUCCAACCCAACAAGGAAGCACCUAAUGUUGCACUCCGUGACUCUGCUCCUGCACGCCGGCGAUCUAUCCUUACACUGGGAUUCAAUCUGCUACUUACCCCCGGAGCUUUGUGCGUAAAGGACGCGCAAGGGGAGCGAACGCGAGCGAGAGGGGGGCGAUUUCGCCAACCUUCGCCGGGGCCCUAAAUCUGUGGAAGCAGGUGUAUUUCAGGUGUAUUUCUGCGAGUCAAGAUGUCUCUGCUGCCUUCGAGGUUCAUAUACCUGUGUUUACAUAUUCUGGUUCUCUAUUUCCAGCUACAGGAAUCCCAGCAGAGCACUGCGGAUUUCAGGUUUUACAUCGAGAACCACACGAGGAACCCGGACGACCUGAGCCGGAAGCAGGUCCGGAUCUACCAGCUGUACAGCAGGACCACGGGGAAGCACGUGCAGAUCCUGGGAAAGAAAGUCAAUGCCAACGGAGAUGAUGGGGGCAAGUAUGCGCUCCUCGUGGUCGAGACAGAAACAUUCGGGAGCCACAUUCGAAUAAAAGGAAAGGAGAGCGAACACUACAUCUGCAUGAACGAGAAAGGCAAAAUAGUAGGAAGGCCCGACGGGAGGAAGCAGGAGUGCGUCUUUGUCGAGGAAUUCCUGGAGAACAACUACACGGCGCUCGUGUCGGCCAAGUACAAAGGGUGGUACCUCGGCUUCAACCGGAAGGGGCGGCCCAAGAAAGGCUCGCGGACCACGCAGCGGCAGCAGGAAGUCCACUUCAUGAAGCGCCAGCCGAAGGGCCGGGCGGACCUGCAGGAGGAGUUUCGUUUCACCACAGUAACUAAGCGGACACGAAGGGCUCGGCGGUUAAAAACAAACCCCAAGAGGAACUGAUGGGGGGA